GCAGCGCUCAAAUAAACGACAACUUUUGCUGUCAGGUGGCAACGUGACGACAACCACGACAAUUGCAGCAAAGUUGUGAGGCGUUGGCUGACGUCUGGAAAGUUGAUGUGAACUGCCUUGGCCAUUGUUGAAGCAUUAUCGCCGGCUUCAGUAGUAGUUGCUAUUUAAACAACAACAACAACGAUGACUACAAGCAGCGAGGAUGUUCUGUUGCAGAUGAGCGGAGUGCGGUACAAGAAGGGCGAUGGCACGCUGUACGUGAUGAACGAGCGUCUGGCGUGGAUGGCGGAGCACCGCGAUACCGUAACCGUUUCCCAUCGCUAUGCGGACAUAAAAACACAGAAGAUCUCGCCCGAAGGCAAGCCGAAAGUGCAGCUACAGGUGGUGUUGCAUGACGGCAACACUUCGACGUUCCACUUUGUCAACCAACAGGGUCAGCCGGCCAUGCUUGCCGACCGGGACAAGGUCAAGGAGCUGCUGCAGCAGCUGUUGCCCAACUUUAAGCGCAAGGUGGACAAGGAUCUGGAGGAUAAGAAUCGCAUAUUGGUGGAGAAUCCCAAUUUGUUGCAGCUCUACAAGGAUUUGGUCAUCACCAAAGUGCUGACCAGCGAUGAGUUCUGGGCCACACAUGCUAAAGAUCAUGCGCUCAAGAAGAUGGGCAAGAGCCAGGAAAUUGGUGUUUCUGGUGCCUUUUUGGCUGACAUCAAACCUCAGACGGACGGCUGUAAUGGCCUUAAAUAUAAUCUUACCUCUGAUGUCAUACACUGCAUUUUUAAAACGUAUCCCGCCGUCAAACGUAAACAUAUGGAGAACGUGCCUUCCAAAAUGCCGGAAUCCGAGUUCUGGACCAAAUUUUUCCAGUCGCACUAUUUCCAUCGAGAUCGCCUCACUGCGGGUACGAAAGACAUCUUUACCGAGUGCGGCAAAAUCGAUGAUCAAGCUCUUAAAGCUGCCGUGCAGCAAGGAGCUGGUGAUCCUUUACUGGAUUUGAAAAAGUUCGAGGAUGUGCCGCUGGAGGAAGGAUUCGGCAGCGUAGCCGGUGAUCGCAAUGUGGUGAAUAGCGGUAACAUUGUGCACCAGAACAUGAUAAAGCGCUUCAAUCAGCAUUCCAUCAUGGUGUUGAAGACAUGCGCCAAUGUGAAUGCACCGUCCACUUCAACGCACAACGGUACCAAUAUGGCUAAUGGUCCACUUGGACAAUCCACCUACACAAAUGGCCUGAAUGGCAAGGGAACUAAGCACACCAGCGAUAUCGCAGUAAAUGAUAAUGAUGUGUCACAAGCCAAGAAGCAACGGCUCAUUGAAAAGAUACACUAUGAAGAUCUUGGCGAUCCAAUGAUUGACGACGACGACGAUGCCCCCGAAUCCAGCAACAAAUCUAAACAAUUUGAGCUGUCCAAGGUGGAACGCUACCUCAAUGGUCCGCUGCAGAAUCACAUGUACGAGAACCAUAACGAUGAUCUCGGUUUGGACGAUGUGCAGUACAAGCUGGUGCGUAACUCUGAGUCCUGGUUAGAUCGCAGUGCUCCACGCAACGUAAUAUGCUCCAAGGCAGCUGUCAAUGCAUUGGGUGAACUAAGUCCGGGUGGUUCACUCAUGCGUGGUUUUCAGGAGCAGUCGGCAGGACAGCUGGUGCCACGCGACUUUCAGCGCGAUUUGCGACAUUUAUAUUUGUCACUGUUGGAAUUGUUGAAGCACUUUUGGAACUGCUUUCCACCCACCACCGAAGAGUUGGAGUCAAAGCUGCAGCGCAUGCACGAAACACUGCAGCGCUUCAAAAUGGCCAAAUUAGUGCCUUUCGAGAAUCGUGCCAUGCAUGAGCUCUCGCCGCUCCGCUCAUCGCUCACCCAACACAUGAAUAUGCUGCUGCGCACUGCGAAUUCCAAGUACGCCACCUGGAAGGAGCGCAAGUUGCGCAACAAUAGAUAACAAACACAUGCUCAGGAUCAGCAUCAGCAUCAGCAGCCGCCAAUCACAUUAAGCAACAUUAUUGUCGACUAGAAGUACACCUAAAACAUAAAAAACAAAUGUUCGAUUAGCAACACAACAUUAAUUGUAUUAAUUACUUAAGAUACGAAUAUAGCCUCUAUUUGUAUGUGUGUCCAUUGUGUGGUGCUUAUAAAAUUUAUAGAACAUCA